CAGAACAAGAUAUAAGAGAGCACAAAGUUCUCCUUCUCCGUUCUCAUAUACCCAGUCAAUUCUAUGUAAAUCCAAAUUCUCGGCUGUACACAACUUACUAGCUCAGCUAUCUAUAUCGCCAUGUCACAUAAGGUGGAACCUCCAGCCCGCCGCCAAAUGAGGGCAGCAUUGAGGGACUUGGCCCUCAAGAUCAAGAGCCUGGCAAUUGAUGAACUAGACCUACAGCAAUUGGAACAACUCAAUAUUCGAGUCGAUCUUAUGUCGCUCGACCAAGCUUCACCACACAAACCAUCUUAUUUUGCCCCCUUGGCAGACCACUCAAUCCCAGAUCCCAAGGAUGAUGACCUUCAUGGACCAUAUAACGGAGUAGACGAUGAAACAGACCCAGCUUUUACCAGCCCUGUCGAUCGCGCAUAUGCAAUGGAUAUCCACCUUUCGUCUUACAUCACCUAUUACUCCAUGAAAGCCGAUCAUGAAGGGUAUAGGACCACCUGGUUCUCAAAAUGUGUUGGUGACUCCGCAUUCGAGAAAUCCAGUUUGUACAAGUAUGAACAGCCCGAGUUUGGGUGCUAUCGUAUCGCCGAGCUGAAUGGCCCUACACGUCCACAUGUCAAGGCGGUCAUGUACAAUAAUCUAGUCGCCACAGAUUCCACAAUCCUCUUCGGCGAGUUGAUGCCAAUUCUUCGGAUUAUGCUGACACAGCUUCGGAGACGGAAGUUCAUCCAUGAAAUGGUCUCACCGGUCCUUAUUUUCUCGCUCAUGGGGCUACAAGCCCGAGUGGUCGAAGCAUUCUUCAAGGAUCAGAAUCUGGUGCUGCGUCCGACCAAAAUGUAUGAUUUUAGCCACGGGAACUCCGAUGCCUUCAAAUCACUUGCCCAGUGGUAUAUCUUGGGAGAACCUAUCGGGGAUACUACACAGGCUUCCGGACACAUUGGAGAAUUCGCGGUCGUUUGACAUCGUAUAUGUGUCAACUUCGUGCUUAUGAUUUAUAAUCACGUUGCUCUCUAAUCCUUUUACAUCGUUCAAGCAGGGAGUCAUGGUACAUGGGAGAUUUAUGUCACGUGGAGGAGUUGCAAGGCGUAUGUUUGCUUAUGAAUUACAUGACUAAUGAGGAUGGGUCUGUUUUUUCCUUAUUGUGACGUUUCUCAGUAGCCG